CUUGAGCUGCACACCCACUCCAAUCCGAGCUGCAGUAACCAGUAUUCCAAACAAACAUAUGCUCAUAGAAAUCAUUUCUAACUGUGACAUAGGAAGGGACACAGGCGUAUUUUUUCGAGUACAAACAACAAGACUUUUAAAGAAUAAAAGGUACAAGACGUUUUGUGGAUCAUGGACAAAAGGAGAGUUCGUUUUGCAGCAACAAAUAUGAAUCAUUUCCAAAAGGGACAGAUUCAUCCUUACAUGAAACGUGUGUACAAAAACCAGACCUUCACCAAAGCAGAAACUGAAAUCUCCAGCAGACAAUUCCAUCAUUCUGUUUGGAGAAAAACAGAACAGCACCACCUGCCAUACAGGCCAGACACUGGGGUCAUCAGGGGUCCUCAAUAUCCUGGUUCAGGAGACAAAAAAAGAGUAAAAGACAUCCAGCUGAAAAAGCCAGAGUUUAAAGGACACAAUUUUGAUUUGAAAACACACGUCCUGGAGAUGAUUGUUAUGGAUCUACAGACACCAAGUCUUGUAAAAGAAAAAGGAUUCCACAGUUUUAUUAGUGCUUUACACCCAAGCAUAGAUGCUGCACUAAGUGCCUCUGCAAUUCGAAACGAACUUGUGAAGGUGUAUGAUUUCACAAAGAAAAGAGUGAAGAAAGCAGUAAUUAAUGCCAAAGACCCAGUGCUCUCUGCUGAAGUGUGGAUCUCAAACAAAGUAGAGUCAUAUUUGACAGUAAAAUGUCACUUCAUUGAUGAAAAGUGGGAAAUGAAAUCCUAUACACUAGACACGGCACAGCUUCUGGGCGAAGACACUGCAGAAAAUAUUCAUAUUCAACUUUUGAGAAUUUCAGCAGAGUGGGAGAUCAGGGAAAAAAUUCAGGUGGUGAUUGUCAAUCUUGGAAUGAAAAAAGUUAAUCAAAAUUCAAACUGGACAUACAUACCUUGCUUCAGUCACACCCUCAACAAAGUUAUCCAAGAGGUCUUUACAAACCCUGAUUGGAGAUAUCUGCCGAAAAAGUGCCGUCGCAUCGUUCAGUUUUUUCACCAUGAGCAUGAAGCAUCAUGGGGUCACCGGUUGGCCCAGUCUGAUUGUCUUGACUGGCUUUCCACACUAAACAUGGUGAAAAAGAUCUGGGAACAAUGGCCGAGCAUUUCUCAAGUCUCCAAUUACAGUCCUACAAGUAAUCUUUGGCUCAAUGAAAAAGAAAGGAAGUUGCUGGAAAACAUGGUGAAGGUACUCACAGUUGUCAAAGAUGUCAUAUGGACAAUUGGGACAUGCGGAUAUGUUUCGGUUUCCAACAUCAUACCUAUUAUUGACAAGCUGCAGUCAAGUCUGAGAGGGCUAAUACGACAAGAUAACAAGGUUGCAUUGAGGAUCAGUGACAUAUGUAAUCAUCACUUUGGAAGCAUUCGACAGAAUGCGUGGUUCACUUUAAGCACAGCACUGGAUCCAAGAUUUAAAAGCAGUAUCCUGAUUGAUGAUGAAGGAGAAAAAGUCCAAACAAAGAUCAAAGACGAAAUGUCCAAACAUCCAAGUGGAGCAACGAGUAGCGAAGAUUUAGUUCUGCAAUAUGCUUUAGAAGAAGGAGAGGAGAAUCCACUUCAGUACUGGGCAGCCAAAAAAAAGUCUAAGAACUUGGCAAUGGUUGCACACAAGUACCUUAGUGUGAUCUCCACUGUUAUUCCAGUGGAGCAGAUGAAGGACCAAUCACAAAUCAUUUCCAACAGAAGGAAAUGCUUGGAGCUGGAUGAUAUCAACAUGAUGUUGUUUCUGAAUGGCAAUUACAAAAAGAUAUGAAUUGUAGUGGUAUGGGAAAACCUUUUUUUUACUGUAUAUAGUUUUUAAAACUACUGACUUAAUUGUAACAGGACAUUCACUGUGUGAGGAAAUAACACUUAGACCGCAAACUAGGUGGUGGUACAACAAUACACACUGGAUGAGACAACCAAUCCAUUGGAAAACAUAUGUCCAUAUCAUACACUCUUACAACCAAUAGGAGGCAAGGAUUAUAAUUUAGAGUCUCUAAACCACCUACAAGUGUGUUUUUUAGAGGGUUUGUAUGAGUGUGAGAGGAAACCAUUAAUCCCAUAGGAAUCCUACAAGAGCAGAAGGAGCUGUGAGGUGCCAACUCUACCUGCUGCACAUUCCAUUAAUGAUGUACAUAUUGAAAGAUAAAUGCUGUCAAAAAUACUGUCUUUUAUGCCUUUUACUAUUUAGAAUUUUACAUUUUUAUGUAUUUAAAAAAUUGUUUAGAGAGAUGCAAAUGUAACUGUAUAUUUUCAUAUUAAAACCAAGAUAUAAUGUAUAUUGAUAAUUAUGAUUGUUUUAAUCAGAUCAGUGAAAUGUCUAAUCAGGUGACACUAAUAAAAUGCACCAUAUGGUUAAA